AUGGCCACUAUCCCGGAUCAGGACUCGCCGCCCCUUUCCCCGAUCUGGACACCGACCGGUCUUGAGCCGUCCAAGAACGAUUACUUCAUGUCCGACAACUGGCUGCACAACGAUCGCUCUGUCCUCGACCUGACCAGGCGGAACAGCGACUCGAAGCCGCACCUUGCGUCAGUCAGCCCCGCCAAACUUGCCAAGUCGCAGUAUGUCACCUUUGCCACUGCUACCGAAACCCCCUGCUCUACGGACUCCAACUACUCUUCGUCGAGCGGUGAGCCGCCUUCGCCUGUCGAAAAGCGCUUCACCAGCUAUCCUCGACCAGUCUCGAUCCACACCAACCCCAAAACACCGACAAUGGAGGAGAUUGCGCCGGCUCUCCCGGAGUCACCCGACGUGGCCACUGCCGCAUACCACACUCCUGUCUUGGGCGGUUCGCGCCACAAGAACACUCUACAGCGCAAGCUCGCCCCGAAUCUGACCGAGUCUCUUGAGUUGCUGGUAGACGUGCACCACCGUCGGGACGCGGACCGUCUUCUCGCCGGAUCUGGUUGUGACAAGCACUCGCCGUUACGCGCCGAUGUGCUAGCCGCGUUGAAGCGCGAUUCUGUCAACCGAAGCCGAACUUCCUUAGUCCCAAGCCUCAACCCUGCCAAUACCCCGCUACCGCCCGAGCCUACUGUUCGAGGCCUCGGUUUGUACUCUGCCCCUAACCGGGGCACGGAGAGUGUCAGCGCUGUGUACGCUGUCACCUCCCGACCAGAGCGGGUGGCGCGCAGCGCUUCCACGCCAGCGGUGCAAAGUUCCUUAGCGCGUCACGCGACUGCCGAACGGGGUUUGAGCCUGUUGUCCAUUAGCUCAACUGAGUCUCUCCGCAGAGGCAGUCUCACUACGAGCGGAACUGCUGAGAGCGUCCCCGCCCUUCCCAGUCUUCCCGAGGCUGGCCCUGUCGAGCACAUCGCUUCGUACGCCGAGAUCAAGGCUGCGCGCGCGGCCGCCGCAGCCGCCGAUGCGCAGACCUUCGACUCGUCCGCUCCUCCUGCCGAGAAGCAGAUGGACUACGCUGCUAAGCUCGAGCUCUUCGACGCCACCGGCAACCGUGUCCGGUUCGGAGACCUCUUGAGCCAGCGUACCCUCGUCAUCUUCGUCCGCCACUGGUACUCCUCCUCUUGCGCCGAGUACGUGCGUGCCGUGGCUCAUUCCGUCACCGACGACGUGCUCACUACCACCGAGACACAAGUGAUCAUUGUUGGCCACGGUUCGCCAUCAAUGAUCCCCGGGUACCGCAAGCAUCUCGCUUGUCCUUUCCCGAUCUACACCGAUCCGACUCGCAAGCUUCAAGACGCACUCGGCAUCUUACCGGCGCCUCUUUCGGGCGACAGCCCCUCCCGUCAAAAGUUCCUUCUACGCCUUAACCGGGCGUUCGACAUGUUCGUCGCUGCUGCAAAGAUGACAUCGUUCCGUGGUGGUGACCGGCGGCAGCUUGGUGGCGAGUUCAUCAUGAUGGAGUCGUCGUGCUCGUUCGCGCACCGCAUGCGCCUCCCCGCCGACCACACCCCUGUGCCCCAGCUCCUCAAGGCCAUAACGAAGAAGGAAAACCGUCAAUCGUACCGUGUCUCGAUCAACGGCAAGAGUGUCAACAGCGUCCUCAUCGGCCCGAACCCUUCCACCGCCAACUUCGGCAUGAUCGCUGCGCCUGUGCGGGAGGAGGCUCCCCGCCGCGAAUCGCAGCGCUGGGAGGCUGAGCGUGGUCUCGCCAUCUAG